AUGCCUAAACACUCUCGAGCUGCGAGCUCAUCUCAGAACCGCUACAAUGCGGGUAUCCCAGUCUCUCUCGCCCCAUCUCCUCUAUACAACCAGCAGCGCAUGACCAUGCCCAACUACUACGGCAUGGGAACCACUGCUUCUUCUUCUAUCCCUCUUCAGUCACAACCUCAACAACCUACAUACGAACCCUACGCUACAACCUCCGCACCGCCUGUCUCUGUCCCUGCCCCUGUUCAACAAAGACCCAGCUCUGGUGCCUGGGGAGCUGCAGAUGACCAGCAACUCCUCACUGCGAGGAUGCAAGGCCUGAACUGGCAGCAGAUCCAGUCGAAUUACUUUCCAUCCAAGACCCCCAAUGCCUGCCGCAAGCGUCAUGAGCGAUUGUUGGAACGCAAGGGCGCUGAUGAUUGGGACAACCUCAAGCUUCAGCGUCUGGCCAAGGAGUACAUGGCUAUGAGAAAGGAGAUCUGGAGUGGUCUUGCAGCCCGAACGGGCGAGAAGUGGAACUGCAUGUCGAAUGGCCUCAAGAAUCUGCAAAGCGCAGCCCGCGCCGCAGCCCGCCGCGACCGUCUCGAGUCCGGCGCUCUCUCAGGGUAUGACGACGACAGCGGCAUCUCCGGCAUGGGCCUGACACCGGUUGACGAACUAGACGCAUCCUAUAGCAGCCCCGAGACCACCGCCUCGUCCGUCGUGGCCUCGGCCAACACGUCCUUCCAGCAGCUCCAGCCUCACCACAUGGCCGCUGCCGUCCAGUACAGCCUCGGAGCCUACGCGCCAGGCUACGGCGGCCACGGAUACUCCUCGAGCGUGAGCUCCCAGGCGAGUGCGGGUCAUCCCUACGGCCAUCAUGGUCACAGCCAGGGGAACAGCCCACAGUACAUGACGCAGCGACCGCAGAGUUCGGAUAUGGGCAUUGGGAAUCUUAUUAACCGUCCAGGAAGAGGUGUUUAA